AUGAGUGGAACUUACCCAGUCAACUCGGAGGAGCGUGGCAAUUGCUGUAUCUCUCAUAAAUUCGUCGACGCAGCCUCCAGAAACCCUAACAAAAUCGCCGCCAUUCACGCCUCCGGCUGGGCGGCCACAAUUACCUCGGAAUUUCCUCAUUCGCCGUCCUGCACACCGCCUGUUUACGGCGGAGACGCGUCUUUCACAUUCGCCGAGCUCUCUUCCUCCAUCGAUUCCCUCACCUCUCGUCUCCGUCGUAUUCUCCAUGUCCCUGCUCACACUGAUCCUUACCUCAUCAGACGACCACCUUUUCCAGGUUUGGCUAUUGACAUUGCAGAAAAGCUUGACCCUGAGGCUGCCUCAGAUGUAUAUAUGCCAAAGGUAUUGGCUUUAUAUAUGCCACCUUCUGUUGAAUACAUAAUCACUGUGCUUUCUGUUAUGAGAUGUGGACAAGCCUUUUUACCUUUGGAUCCUUCAUGGCCUAGAGAAAGGGUAUUGUCUAUCAUUUCCUCUUCAAAUGUUACUCUUGUUAUUGCUUCUGGAUCUUCUUUCGAUCGAUUCGGAUGUCACCCGCUCGACAGAUCACAUUGGCUCGUCAAAAGCAUCGUAUGCCCGGUAUUGUUCUUUUCAAUGAAUGAAAGAUUGAGUGCGGAAACUGGUCCCUCAAACUCUGUUUGGCCUUGCAAGAAAGAGAGCCAAAGGAAAUUUUGUUACAUGAUGUAUACUUCUGGCUCUACUGGGAAGCCAAAAGGAGUAUGUGGCACUGAGCAAGGACUUUUAAAUCGCUUCCUGUGGAUGCAAGAGCUCUAUCCUGUUGUCAGAGAGCAGCAACUAGCUUUCAAGACUUCAGUUGGUUUUAUUGAUCAUCUGCAGGAGUUUCUUGGUGCUAUUCUUACUUCCACUACAUUAGUCAUCCCUCCAUUUACUCUCCUAAAAGAGAAUAUGACAUCCAUCAUUGAUUUUCUGGAGGCGUAUUCUAUCAGUAGACUCCUAGCUGUCCCAUCGAUGAUCAGAGCUAUUCUUCCUAGUUUACAACAUCGUGGGGACAAUAAGCUCCAAAGUUGCCUGAAGCUGGUAGUUUUAAGUGGUGAACCCUUUCCCGUGAGCCUGUGGGAUUCACUUCACAACCUACUUCCGGAAACAUGUUUUCUGAAUCUAUAUGGGAGUACAGAGGUAUCAGGGGACUGCACUUAUUUUGACUGCAGUGGGUUGCCAAAACUCUUGAAGACCGAGAAGCUUAGUAGUGUUCCUAUUGGCAAGCCAAUUUCAAAUUGCAAAAUUGUACUUUUUGGUGGCGAAGAUAAACCUUAUGAAGGAGAAAUAUGUGUUGGUGGCCUCUGUCUUUCGCAAGGAUACCUGAAUUCCUCGACAGAAUCCCAAGACUAUGUUAAGCUACAUGAUAACUCGCUCUGUAAUCAUUUAACCAAUGAGUGUGGAAGCCAGCUUUAUUAUAGAACUGGUGAUUACGGCCGGAGGCUUUCUAGUGGUGAUUUGAUUUUUAUUGGUAGAAGGGAUCGAACUGUGAAACUUAAUGGACAACGCAUGGCCCUUGAAGAGAUUGAAACAACUCUAGAACUAAAUCCAGAUGUUACUAAAGCUGUUGCUGUACUUAACGGAGAUCAGACAGAGCUUGCUUCACUUGAGGCCUUUUUAGUACUGAACAAGGAAACCAAGUCCGAUGAAGGUAUCGUAUAUUCUAUUAGAAAUUGGAUGAGAGAAAAACUCCCUCCGGUGAUGAUUCCUAACCAUUUUGUUUUGGUGGAGUCAUGGCCAAGUACUUCAAGUGGAAAAAUUGAUUAUGAAGCACUAGCAAGGUUGAAAUGUCCUAGAACCCAUGCUCAAGAUAUGAUGCAUAGCAAUGGAAAUAAUAGUUUACUGCAAACUAUUAAAAAGGCCGUUUGUGAUGCAUUAAUGGUUAAAGAAGUUUCAGAUGAUGAUGAUUUCUUUGCGAUUGGUGGAGACUCUUUAGCCGCAGCGCAUCUUUCUCAUAGUCUUGGUAUUGAUAUGAGAUUGAUUUACCAAUUUCGAAGUCCAUCUAAGCUUUUGAUCUGCAUGUCAGAAAAGGAUGGAAAGUUAAGAGAAGAUAUUCAACACAACACCAAUCAGAAGCUAGACCACAAGACAGAGACUCAGAAUGGUAAUGAGCUCGUUAGUAGAACCAUUCCACUACAUUCUGGUGUUACGUCAGAUCCAAGACCUUUAAGAAAGCAGUGCGAGGAGAACGUUUCUGCAAAGCGAUUGAAAAUUGUUUCAGAAAAAAAUUAUUCUAAAAGAAUGAAUCAUAAAAUGUCAUGGGAUUCAGAAUUUUCUGAAAUACAAUGUGCAUUCAGUCGGUGCAACAAAGUACAUUAUCCAACCUCAUGUAAUAGUGAAGAGGGAAACCAUGAAAACUGGUCGGUGGAGUUUCCAAGGAACCAAAUGGUCUCUAUGCAAGAACUAUGGAAAGUUCGUAUGGAGUCUUGUGUAGAUGCCUCGCCCCUAGUUGUGUUGAAGCAUUCGAACACUUAUUUAUUUAUUGGGUCUCACUCACGUAAAUUUUUCUGCAUUGACGCGAAUAGUGGUUCUAUUUGUUGGGAGACUGUUCUAGAAGGAAGGAUCGAAGGUUCAGCCAUGGUAGUUGGUGAUUAUUCUCAGGUCGUCAUUGGAUGCUACGAAGGAAAAUUAUAUUUCUUAGAUUUCUCUACUGGAAGCUUAUGUUGGACAUUCCAAGCAUGUGGGGAGAUAAAGUGCCAACCUGUUGUGGACACAUCUUCACAACUGAUAUGGUGCGGAUCACAUGACCACACUCUUUAUGCCCUUGACUAUAAGAGCCAACGCUGUGUUUAUAAGCUGCAAUGUGGUGGGAGCAUAUUUGCUUCACCUAUUAUUGAUCAGGGUCAUAGUUUACUUUACGUAGCUACUACAAGUGGUCGAGUGAUAGUUGUAUCAAUAAAGGAUCUUCCAUUCCACACCUUGUGGCAACUUGAACUAGAGGCACCGAUUUUUGGUUCCCUAUCCAUUACCCCGACAAGCCGAAGCGUGAUUUGCUGCUUAGUUGAUGGCCGAGUUGUUGCAACAAAUCCGUCUGGAACAAUUGUCUGGAUGUAUAGGACUGGCGGGCCAAUAUUUGCUGGGCCUUGCAUGUCGUACGUGCUUUCGUCUCAGUUGCUCGUAUGCUGUAGAAAUGGAAGCAUCUAUUCACUAGAACAGGAAUCCGGGUGUCUUUUGUGGGAAUGCAAUAUUGGGGACCCGAUCACAGCAUCGGCAUACGUGGAUGAGAAUCUGCAUUUUGAAUCGCAGCAACUGGUUGCAUCAGACAGGUUGGUGUGUGUUUGCUCGAGCUCGGGAAGAGUUCAUGUCCUUAAAGUGAAACAAAAUGUGAGCAAAGAUGGAGAUGAAUCAAGAAGUGUAGAAGAAAUCGCGAGGUUGAAGUUGAAGGCAGACAUAUUCUCUUCACCAGUGAUGAUCGGUGGACGGAUAUUUGUAGGCUGUCGUGACGACUAUGUAUAUUGCAUCUCUCUUGGGAGUUGCAUGUAG